CUAUCUCAUCCUCUGUGUGUGAAAUGGAGAGAGAUCUUCCAAUGAGGUUCUGCAAUGGUGACUGUUCCGGUGAGUUCUUGCCGUCGCUCGUUGACCAGACGAGCGAUGGUUCGGGUCUCGACGCAAUGUUUUCCGGUAUUAGUCUUCAGGGUUUGUUGACCCUUAGCACUACUCCUGAGAAGGCUCUCUUGCCUUUUCCUGAAUAUUCUGCGAUCGGAACUUCUCAAAUCGGGUUUCCUGCGCCUCUCGGGUUCGCUGCCGAUGAUUCUCUUUCGUAUUUUCAGGCGCAGCAGCUCGAGCAAACCUUGGUUGCGGGAGAAGAUCAUCAACGGCCAGGUCCAGGAGCCAUCGAUUGUGAUCGCAAAAAGAUGAAAAUGCCGAAAGAAGAACCGAUGAACAAAGACGACGUUGUGGAUGAAUCGAGACAGCCAUUCAACUUCAUAUUUAAUGGCUCGGAUUUGAUGUCGUCGAAGCUGAUAAGCAAUUCGAGCAGUUUUCAUCAUCUGCCGAGUCUUCACUCCCUCGACGAACUCGCGAGCACUGAGAGGGACGACCGAGUUGCCGACAAUUUCUGGCUAGCCGAGUCGUCGAACAAGCGCGUCCGAACCUAUUCACCAUCACAGUCCGAUGCGUACACGCUCGACGCGAUUGUGCGAGGCUUCAGGCUAACAAACUGUUUAAGCCCGUACAAUUCAGGAGACGCUCCGGCGCCGGCUCCGGCUCCUGCUCGGCCGGCUGUGAUUCCUCACAGCAGGUUGGCGAGGCAGAGGCGGCAGAGGAUCGGCGACAAGACGCGAUGCUUGCAGAAGCUGUUGCCGUGGGACAAGAAGAUGGACACGGCGACAAUGUUCGAAGAGGUCUACAAGUACAUCAAGUUCCUGGAGGCGCAGAUGCGGGUGCUUCAGUCCAUGCCCUGCGAGUGCGAUAAAUCGAGUUUUGCUCUUCAAAACCCUCGCAACAAUGACGCCGUUGCUCAUGCGGGUUUCGGAGGACUGGGACGACUUAACCGGCAGCAACUUCUUCAGGUGUUGGUGAACUCGCCGGUGGCUCAGACGACGAUGUACUCUCACGGGAGCUGUGUUUUUUCCGUCGAACAGUUGGCUAUGCUGAAGGAGAUGAGACGGGUUUAUGCGCAGCGCGCGUUGUUCGAUCCUUCGAAGCUGUGACGAAUGAUGACAUAUGAAGGAUCUCGAAUCUCAAUCGCCAUGGCGUCUUCAUGGUCAUCUGUUUUUUCCGUUUUUGGAUUAGGUAAGUUGAAUAUAGUGUACUGUCGCGUGUUACGAACGUUGCCGUUAUAUGCAUAACGUAAGCUGGGUUUUGGCGAGCUCUAUCAAAUCCCCGUCUUCUGCCAUGAUCGAGUUCAUGAAUUUCUGGAUUCAUGCAAGUUUGUCCAACAUUUUUAAAAAAAAAAAAAUUUUGUGGGUUUGUUUACGAAACUGAAAACUGCCAUCCCCUUCUCCUACGCUGAUAUUUUCACUUUCUGCCAUUACUGUGACACUCUGAGCUCAACUACGAUAUGGCAUUUUCACUUUCUGCCAUUUUGUCCCUUAGUGCUGCUGUUUUCUCCGUCUCGCGUGAUGGCUUCACUCUGUCUUUGAUCAUUUGAUAAUUUAUUUUGAAUAUUUGCCAGCAACCCACGAUGAAAAUCUUAAGCGGUAACAUUGUUAAUGACAGAUUUCAAUUUUCUUUUGUUCUGCAACAAAGAGGGACUAAAGUUUUCUG